CUCUAAGGAAUGAGCCGUGAGGGGGGCGUGUCCGGUGUAGAGGGUGUGUUUGCGCUCUAGCGGCUUCUUCCUGCGUUGUACCCUUCACAGGCCGCCCCGGUGUCCGAGAGGAAGAGAGAGCGGCGAGUGAUGAGGCGGAGCCCGGCUACAGGAGAGCGCUGAGCCCGCUGGGUGUGAUAUGAAGGUGUGCUCACCCCCGCCCGGCCUGCAUCGCAAUGUCCCUUUUGUUUGCAAGAUCAACGCCGAAAAUAUCCAGCAAGAAAGACAAGAGAUUCAUGGCUGAAGUCAACGCCUCUCCGCUCAAGCACUUUGUUACCGCCAAGAAGAAAAUCAAUGGCAUCUUCGACCAGCUUGGCGCCUACAUUCAGGAGAGCUACAACUUCCUGGAGGAAACCUAUGAGAAUGCAGAACUGGACCCUGUCGCCUCAGAAGAGCAGGUCCUUGAGGUUAAGGGGUACCUUACCAAUGUCAAGGGCAUCAGUGAGGUGCUGGCACGGCGCCACAUGAAAGUGGCCUUUUUUGGAAGGACAAGCAAUGGCAAAAGCACUGUGAUAAACGCCAUGCUGUGGGACAAAGUCCUGCCCUCUGGUAUCGGUCACACCACUAAUUGUUUCCUGCGGGUGGAGGGAACGGAGGGCAGUGAGGCCUAUCUCCUGACCGAAGGAUCCGAGGAGAAGCAGAGUGUCAAGACUGUGAAUCAUUUGGCCCACGCUCUUCAUCAAGAUGAUCUCCUGGAUUCUGGCUCCCUGGUCAGCGUCAUGUGGCCAAAUUCCAAGUGUUCCCUCCUGAAGGAUGACCUGGUGCUAAUGGACAGCCCCGGUAUUGAUGUGACUACAGAACUGGACAGCUGGAUAGACAAGUUCUGCUUGGAUGCCGAUGUCUUCGUCUUGGUGGCAAACUCGGAGUCCACCCUCAUGCAGACCGAAAAGCAGUUCUUUCAUAAGGUGAACGACCGCCUGUCACGGCCAAACAUCUUUAUUUUGAACAACCGCUGGGAUGCAUCUGCUUCAGAACCAGAGUAUAUGGAUGAGGUGCGACGUCAACACAUGGAGCGGUGUACCAGUUUCCUGGUGGAUGAGCUGGGUGUUCUGGACCGGACCCAGGCUAGCGAUCGCAUAUUCUUUGUGUCCGCCAAAGAGGUGUUGAAUGCUAGAAUACAGAAAGCUCAAGGAAUGCCGGAAGGAGGUGGAGCAUUGGCUGAAGGGUUCCAAGUUCGCAUGUUUGAAUUUCAGAACUUUGAAAGAAGGUUUGAGGAGUGCAUUUCGCAGUCAGCUGUGAAAACCAAAUUUGAGCAACAUACGAUGAGAGCCAAACACAUAGCCGAGGUUUUACGGCAAAUCAUGGAGUCUGUGCACGUGGCGGCCCAGGAACAGAGAGUUUAUUGCCUGGAAAAGCGGGAAGAAUUCAGAGACAGAUUGGAGUUCAUUGAGAAACAACUGGAGCUCCUCAGCGAGGACUACAGACUGAAAAUCAAGCAGAUCACAGACGAGGUGGAACGACAGGUGUCCAACGCCAUGGCCGAGGAGAUCCGCCGUUUGUCUGUGCUGGUGGACGAGUUCCAGUUGGAGUUUCACCCUUCUCAAGUUGUCCUCAAGGUUUACAAAAAUGAGCUUCACCGGCACAUUGAGGAGGGGCUGGGGAGGAACCUGUCCGAUCGAUGCUCCAGUACCAUUUCCGUGUCACUGCAGACCACACAGCAGGAGAUGAUCGAGGGCCUUCUGCCUCUCCUUCCUUCUUCCUCCAGAACACAGAUGGACCUGCUGAUUCCUCGCCAAUGCUUUAACCUUAGCUAUGACCUGAGCUGUGACAAGCUUUGCGCCGACUUCCAGGAGGACGUCGAAUUCCACUUCUCUAUGGGCUGGACGAUGCUUGUCAACCGGUUCCUAGGACCUAAAAAUGGUCGCCGUGCCCUGAUGGCCUACAACGACCAGAUGCCUCGAAAUAUGCCUUUAACCCCAGUAAAUCCCAGCAUGCCUCCGAUGCAGCAAGGUGCCAUGACACAGGAAGAACUGAUGGUUUCCAUGGUAACUGGGUUGGCGUCGCUGACGUCCCGGACAUCCAUGGGUAUUCUAGUGGUGGGAGGUGUGGUCUGGAAAGCCGUAGGCUGGCGUCUUAUUGCCUUGUCGUUUGGACUUUAUGGACUUUUGUAUGUCUACGAACGUCUCACCUGGACCACCAAAGCGAAAGAACGCUCCUUCAAACGCCAGUUUGUGGAAUACGCAGCUGAGAAGUUGCAGCUUAUUGUCAGCUACACGGGAUCCAACUGCAGCCACCAAGUCCAACAGGAGCUGUCCGGCACCUUCGCCCACUUGUGUCAGCAGGUGGACGUAACCCGGGAGAACCUGGAGCAGGACAUAGCCGCUCUCAAUAAGAAGAUCGAGGUCUUGGAUGGCUUGCAGAGCAGAGCUAAACUAUUGAGGAAUAAGGCCGGCUGGCUGGACAGUGAACUGAACAUGUUCACUCACCAAUACUUACAGCAGAGCCGAUAGGACGUCCGGUAUCUUCAUAUAAUCACAAUAUUUCCAAUACGUUUUUCUUCUCUACCUUUCUCACACCUUAUCUGUGGUAUACAUAGGAACUGUGUACAGGGAUCACCGGGGGGGCUCUGUCCUUCCAUCACCACCCCUGCCAUCUUCUGGAAGUUUUAUCAUUUCAUGCAGCUCCUAACCUGCUGCUGGGAAGAUGAAGAGGUGUCUGGGAAAGAUUUGGAUGCUGCUUUGGCAACAACACUUAACAGAAUGAAAAUUUGGCAAGUGGCACGGGUAACAUUGGGGGUAGAAUGUUGGACCUCGGGUGUAUGAUGUCUCUGCUUCCUGUAUCAAUCAGCGCUGUGCCAAGAGCGCCAUUCCAGAUUGUAGAUUUCCAAUUGGAGUUUGGAAAUAAAUAACAGAAUAGAUAUAUGGAUAAUACGUAACCCAAUCCAUAAUCUUCACCAACUUCACAAUGUGGGUGAAUCUGUCUUAUUGAGUUAAUGUUUGGCCUAUCAGUUCCCAGAGUGACAUCACUGAGGUACGUCCAGGCUCCAUGUGAAUUGGUAGGCUGGUUAUUGACCAACCGUCAGCUAUAUAGCAAACCCUAUUGAAUUUGGACUCUUUUAGAGUUGGCAAUCUAAUUUAUAUUUUGUUUCUGUAAUUUAUAGAAUGUGUGUGUGGUUUU